CGGAGAACAUUACUUGAUGUUGGACCUGUCACCAUCGAUUCGCAGGACACUUCAGAGAGGCUCGCUAAUGGCUUCGCGUAUAAUGCUAAUAUUUUAUUUACUCUGAUCUACUGACGACAAACGUAUUAUCUACCCUUGUUGAUCCACACUUGGUUUGAUUUAUACAUCUCCCUUGUUUCGAGAAGCGGGUACUCUGGGGAUAAGUGUUGUUCCACUGGUUAUAAAAGAUGUGAAGACAUUUCUACCUGCCUAGUGUUGACAGUUCUACUUACGUCAGUGCUGGGAGAAAGGGAUCUAGUCAAUACUGUAAACAGUUGAUCUACUAGUACGGAUGGCCUUUACCAUAUAGACAACGUGUACAUGGAUUCCGACAGGAAAGUGAUAAACACAUCACGUCAACGGUUUACCAAGGAUUCCAUACAUUUUCAAAGUGUUAGCAUGGAAAUGGAUUGUGAAGAAUGAGUAAGAAUAAAGAAAAAGGUGGAAAGAAAUCCAAACUAAAUAAUGAUAAGGAAGAAACAGAGAUAGACUUUAACGGAAAAAAUGAAAAUGGCACGUGGAAAAGUGAUUCAAGGUGGAAACCGGCCUUUAUCACAGCCGGAGACCGGAAGUCCACGGUGUUAUCAAACAAGGGAGAAGAUGAAGAACAUGAUUUUGGACAGAAAGAAAAUAUACUUUAUUCGUCCCCAUCGGAUCCAGCUCCAGAAAUUUUUGAUGAUUUAGACUCUAGCAUCUUUUCCUCUGAGUCCGACAUUAUCUCACCAGCUCCAUCCGUUAGUCUUUCACAGACUGUAUAUACAAAGGCAUGUAUGAAGUUGGGUCUUGUCCCCUCAACUUAUUUCUUCAAACACUUGACCGAUGUUGCAUUGGUUAUGCCCCACCAUGGGAUUGGGCCACGGGGAGCCAAGGCCGUAGCCAUUGCACUUGUACCAAACCAGUCAAUUCAGAAGCUUGACCUGUCCAGUAAUGCUAUUGGAAGCGAAGGAUUAGCUCACAUACUUGAUAUGUUGUCUGGUAAUACUUCAAUCAAAGAGCUGAAUAUAUCAGGAAAUGAAUUACUUUCCGCUGGCGCGAAAAUGCUUAAGGAGGACUUAUCUUCUCAUCGCUAUCUAACAAGUUUAGAUAUAUCAGCUAAUGGAUUCAAUGAAAAGGACGCCGAAGAAAUUGCUGAUUUACUCAUAGAUAAUUCCACCUUGAGACAUCUGUCUGUAGGACACAAUACUUUUUCGGAGGGCGGUGGUGCAGCCUUCGGCAAAGCAUUGGAAGAAAAUUCAAGUCUUCAAUCCUUAGAUUUGCGAUGGAAUCACCUGCGACAAACUGGAGCUGUCUCUAUAUGUUGGGGGCUUUAUAGUAACAAUACAUUGAAAUCCCUCAACCUGUCGUGGAAUGGCUUUGGAAUGGAAGGCUGCCAUGAGAUGGGAAAAGUACUCAUGCGGAAUCGUGGCUUGACAGAACUCGACUUGACGGCUAAUCGGAUAGGACUAGACGCAUUCCGCCAACUUCUUCGAGGAAUCGUCAGGAAUCGGAAACUCCGAACUAUUCGGAUUGGUAUAAACCCUAUAACAACUGAUGGUGCGACAGCCAUCCUGCGAUCAGUGUGUGCGUCCGACUCCAAUCUGACAGAGAUCGACAUGACGGAUGUUUCGGUCGACAAUGACUUUGUAUCACUCCUACACGAGGUUCAGAAACAACGACAAAUGAAAGUGACGUACGGUAAUUUGUUACGCCACGACGAGAUACGCCGCGGAAAUUCAAACUGGGUGCUGGACAGUGAUGAUCCUGUGGCCAUCUUGUUUGAAUACAUGAAGCAGAAAAACUUACGUCUGAUCGAUCUUCUCCACAACCUCGACAAGGACAACAGCGAGACAUUGUCCAGGGACGAGCUCCAGUUGGGACUUUCGAAUAACGACAUACCGUUGAGCAGUCGAUCAUUGGACAUUUUGAUGAAACGUCUGGACACAAACUGUGAUGGACACAUCACAUUUGAAGAACUCGCUGCUAAACACAAGGAAUACGUACGAAGAGCGAUGAGACUGCGUGUUCAGGCUGACGAAAGUCUUAGUCACUACAAGAGCUUUGACAAACUGGAGCAGAUUCGAGAGGCCGUCAAACUCAAGAUAGCCCUCAGUGUCACUAUAAGGCCAAAUAAGGCCACAUAACGUGACGAGUGCAUGUGUUCUCUUAUUGUUGUUACAUACACUUUUACUAUUGUAAAUAAUAUGAGUCCCUGUCUAGGGAGCUUUGAUUGCAUGCACUGUAAAUUUAGGCAGUUUACGGUGGGCCAACUUCUGCAAAUACGAUGUACAGUAUUGUUUCUAGUAGAAGUCGGACGUAUAUGGACGUCCCUGUGUAAGUAUAUUAUAUAUGUGAAAAACUAGGCAUGAACGACCUCUUGUAAUUAUGUGAUGGAAUUUACAGUGUACUAUGUUAUGUCUGAUGUUGUCUUCAAAAUAACUAUGUUCUGGUGAACAAGCCGUCACACCGACGCUCAACCAACUUUGGAUACAAAAUGUGAUAAUGUGAGCGGUCCGUUUAGGAGCACUAUAUAAUUAGCGUUAAGUACGUUGGUUGGAAGGACUCAUAACUUUGAACUGCUAGUAUGUGGACAAUAGACUGAAUAUUAAUUUAUGUUUUAAUACUUGGUUACUUUGUUUUAUUCAUGCGUGUGUAAUCCUUGACGAUUUGUUAAAUUCUGUAGAACACACACUCUUAAAGAGUUCUCUAGUUUCUGGCCUUUCAGUUUUACUAGCGAAAUAUCUUAGUCAUGCGCACUAUCAAUGGCUCAUUUGGAGGUAGACUGCGACAUAUUUACUCAGCAAGACUUGGUGGUAGAGGCUCAAAAUGUCUUCCUUUGUGUAUAUCAUUCUACUAAAUUGAAUAGAAUUGUUACUUUGGAGACGAACACUAUGUACAAUAAGUUCGCUGUGGCACAUCAUCGCAGUCCGUUAUCCUUGCUAUAUAUCGGUGUAGAAGCGAAUCUCCUCAAACGAAUUAAUUUAUGACAUAUGCUUACUUGUUUUCAAAUAAAUCGUUCUUGUGAGCUGCUGAAUAAUGUA